AUGUUGGAAGGCGGUGGUUCCCAGUCCAUCCUCGGGGAUUCCAGCCGGGGGUCUCUGCUGUCGUCCACCCCGAACUCAGCAUUCCUCUCCUCCAAACCGCAGCCAUUUUGCCACGACCCGGAAGGCUGGGGUCCUCUCAGUCAGUUCAGAUUCGACCUGACCCCGUGUUUCCUCGACUUUGGAGUCUCCUUGGUUGCGGUAUGGGGCAUCAUCGCAGGUGCAGGAGCCCUUUGGCUCUUGUUCAAGAAGAGAGUGCCUCAGCCGGUGUCUAAGAACUGGCAUUUCUAUGCGAAAUUGACCGUCCUGUCCGCCUUGAUCUUCACCACUGCUCUUCAGGCAGCCAUACAAAUCGAAUCCUACCCGCAAACCUGGUUUGACGACUAUCGGUUCUGGAGCUCCGUCCUUGUCCUUAUCUCUCUCGGGGUAAUUUUCGCAGUGCAGUACCAUGAACACUGGCGCAGCAGACAGCCCAAUGGCGUCGUGCUCUUCUACUGGCUUUUCUUCUCCAUUGGCUAUGGUAUCAAACUCCGGUCGCUCAUCGCACGGAAAUUGUACGAGGACCGGCUUCCAUACUUCGUCUGCUUUAAUGUCAGCUUGGGCCUGGCGCUGUUGGAAUUUGCUCUCGAGUAUUUGGUUCCGAAGAAACAGAGUGAUUACGAUGCGCUCGGAGACGAGGAUGAAUGCCCCUACGAAUACGCCGAUAUCUUCUCGGUUCUUACCUUUAGUUGGAUGACCCCAAUGAUGAAGUUCGGGUACAACAACUUCCUCACCCAGGAUGAUCUGUGGAAUCUUCGUCGUCGGGACACCACCGGUGUCACUGGGGGCGCUCUGCAGGAAGAAUGGGAUGAAGAGUUGCAGAAAAGCAAGCCCUCCCUAUCUCUUGCUCUGUUCAGAGCCUUUGGUGGCCCUUUCAUUCGUGGUGCGAUCAUCAAGUGCGGCAGUGACUCUCUGGCCUUCGUCCAGCCCCAGCUUCUGCGUCUCCUGAUUAAGUUUAUCAACUCGUAUGGGACUCCCGAGCCGGAGCCGAUCAUCAGAGGUGUCGCCAUUGCGCUUGCCAUGUUCCUGGUAUCGGUUUCUCAAACCAUGUGCCUGCACCAAUAUUUCCAAAGAGCAUUCGACACUGGCAUGCGCGUCAAAUCUGCUCUGACUGCCAUGAUCUAUGCCAAGUCUCUGAAGCUGUCAAGCGAGGGCCGCUCCUCCAAGACCACGGGUGACAUCGUCAAUCACAUGGCUGUUGAUCAGCAGCGUCUAUCUGAUCUGACCCAGUUUGGUGUGCAGCUCUGGUCUGCACCCUUCCAGAUCACUCUGUGCAUGCUGUCGCUCUAUCAGCUUGUUGGUGUCAGCAUGUUUGCAGGUAUCGGUGUGAUGAUCUUGAUGAUUCCUCUGAACGGAGUGAUCGCAAGAAUGAUGAAGAAGCUCCAGCUUAUUCAGAUGAAGAACAAGGAUUCUCGGUCCAGACUCAUGACCGAGAUUCUGAACAACAUCAAGAGCAUCAAGCUCUAUGCUUGGAACACAGCAUUCAUGAAUAAGCUUAGUCACAUCCGUAACGAUCUGGAGCUGAACACGCUUCGUAAAAUUGGAGCGACUCAGUCGAUCGCCAACUUCACCUGGCAGUCCACUCCUUUCCUCGUCUCGUGCUCCUGUUUCACUGUCUAUGCCUUGACAUCGGAGAAACCCCUGACUACCGACGUUGUCUUCCCAGCACUGACCCUCUUCAACCUCCUUACGUUCCCUCUGUCAAUCUUGCCAAUGGUUAUUACGGCUUUGAUCGAAGCCUCUGUGGCCGUCAAGCGUCUUACGGACUAUUUCACUGCAGAGGAGCUGCAGACCGAUGCUGUCACCCGCGAGGAGACCGUUGCGCACGUCGGAGAUGAAUCUGUGCGGAUUCAGGAUGCCUCUUUCACCUGGAACAGGUACGAAGGCACGCAUGUCAUCGAGAACAUCAACUUCAGUGCUCGCAAGGGGGAGCUGAGCUGUAUCGUUGGCCGCGUUGGUGCUGGAAAAUCCUCUCUCCUUCAAGCGCUUCUGGGCGACUUAUGGAGGACGGAAGGCGAGGUGGUUGUGCGAGGCCGUAUCGCCUACGUCGCGCAACAGGCCUGGGUCAUGAAUGCUAGCGUCCGCGAGAAUAUUGUCUUCGGACAUCGGUGGGACCCUCAAUUCUACGAGCUUACGGUGGCAGCCUGUGCUUUGACCGACGACUUCAAGAACUUGCCCGACGGUGAUCAGACCGAGGUUGGAGAAAGAGGAAUUUCUCUCUCCGGUGGUCAAAAAGCCCGCCUGACCCUUGCCCGCGCUGUGUAUGCUCGUGCGGAUAUUUACCUUCUCGAUGAUGUUCUGUCUGCGGUCGACCAGCAUGUGGGUCGCCAUCUCAUCAACCAGGUUCUGGGUCGCAACGGUAUCCUCGGCAGCAAGACAAGAAUCCUCGCGACGAACGCCAUUCCUGUCCUAAAGGAAGCGGACUUCAUCGGGCUACUUCGCAACAAGACCCUGGUGGAGAAGGGAACCUACGAGCAACUUUUGGCUAUGAAGGGUGAAGUUGCCAACUUGGUCCGGACCACCAUGAACGACUCGGAUGACGAGGGCUCCGGCAGCGAGGGUCGUGAUCCCGCUAGCGAGGGCUCUGAAUCCACCACUGUGAUCGAGAACGAAGACUCGGACAUUUCUGAUCCGGAAGAUGCUGAGCGGGAAAUCGGCUCUAUCGCACCUAUCAGAGCUAAUGCUGAACGGAGGAAGAGCACAGUCACUCUCCGCCGUGCCAGUACUGCUACCUGGAAGGGACCCAGACGCAAGCUAGGGGAUGAGGAGAAUGUCCUCAAAAGCAAGCAGACCCAGGAGACAUCGCAGCAGGGCAAAGUCAAAUGGAGCGUUUACGGCGAAUACGCCAAGAACAGCAACAUCAUUGCUGUCGGCUUCUAUCUUUUGGCUCUCCUGGGAGCUCAAACCGCCCAGGUUGCCGGAAGUUAUUGGCUUAAGCAUUGGUCUGAGCUCAGCGAGCAGCAACCGAACCUUCCGAACGGCAAGUAUAUCGGCAUCUACUUGGCCUUCGGUCUCGGCUCGUCUCUUUUGGUCAUUCUCCAGAACCUCAUUCUGUGGAUUUUCUGUUCGAUUGAGGCCUCUCGUAAACUCCACGAGCGCAUGGCAUUCGCCAUCUUCCGUUCUCCCAUGAGUUUCUUCGAAACCACACCCUCCGGUCGUAUCCUUAACAGAUUCUCCAGUGAUGUGUAUCGUAUCGAUGAGGUACUCGCGCGGACGUUCAACAUGCUGUUCGGCAACUCUGCCAAGGCAUUGUUCACCAUGGUGGUCAUCGCCUCGUCCACCCCUGCCUUCCUCUUGGUUGUUUUCCCCCUGGGCUGGGUCUACUUCAGCUACCAAAAGUACUAUUUGCGCACCUCCCGCGAGCUCAAGCGUCUGGACAGCGUGACUCGAAGCCCAAUCUUCGCACAUUUCCAAGAAUCAUUGGGUGGCAUUUCUACCAUUCGUGCGUACAAGCAAGAGGACAGAUUCACACUGGAAAAUGAGUGGCGCAUGGACGCAAACAUUCGUGCCUACUUCCCCUCCAUCAGUGCGAACAGAUGGUUAGCUGUCCGCCUUGAGUUUAUUGGCUCUGUGAUCAUCUUGACAGCUGCUUCGCUUUCGAUCGUCUCUGUGUCGACCGGUAGUAAAUUGUCUGCUGGAAUGGUCGGUCUGGCUAUGUCCUACGCUCUCCAGAUCACCCAGUCGUUGAACUGGAUCGUGCGACAGACAGUUGAAGUCGAGACCAAUAUCGUGUCGGUCGAGCGUGUCCUGGAGUACGCAAACCUGCCCAGUGAAGCGCCUGAGGUGAUUUUCAAGCACCGGCCCGCUAUUGGCUGGCCGGCGCAAGGUGCGGUGACGUUCAACAACUACAGCACACGCUACCGCCCUGGGCUUGAUCUUGUUCUCAAGGACAUCUCACUCGACAUCAAGCCCCACGAGAAAAUUGGAGUCGUUGGCCGCACAGGUGCAGGCAAGAGCUCGCUGACGCUUGCACUUUUCCGCAUCAUCGAACCUGACAGCGGCAACAUCAGCAUCGAUGGACUGAAUGUAUCGACGAUUGGUCUGUUCGAUUUGCGGGGCCGCCUCGCUAUCAUUCCCCAGGACCCAGCCAUGUUCGAGGGUACUGUUCGGGACAAUUUGGACCCUCGACACGUGCAUGACGACACCGAACUCUGGAGUGUGCUUGAACAUGCCCGCCUCAAAGAUCACGUCGCACAGAUGGAUGGGCAGUUAGAUGCCCAAGUUCAGGAAGGAGGAUCUAAUCUUAGUCAAGGCCAGCGCCAGCUGGUUUCGCUUGCCCGAGCACUCCUGACGCCUAGUAAUAUCUUGGUGCUCGACGAAGCAACUGCGGCGGUGGAUGUGGAAACGGAUGCAUUGCUGCAGCGUACGCUACGCAGCAGCAUCUUCCAGGACCGCACGAUCAUCACAAUCGCGCAUCGGAUCAAUACGAUCAUCGAUUCCGAUCGAAUUGUGGUGCUGGACAAGGGUCGUGUGGUCGAGUUCGACACGCCUGCGGCGCUGAUCAAGCAGGAAGGCCGCUUCUAUGACCUGGUCAAGGAGGCUGGUCUACUUGACAGCAGCGAGGGCGUCGCAGCACUGCAGAAAUCCUAG